AUACCAUCGCGCAUUCAUGUUCAGUCGCGGAGCGCAGUCAACGCCGUGGUCGUGGUGGGUGCAGUCGUGCGCCUGACGCUCGCUUACUUCCAAGUGGUCGAGUCGGGUGCGGUUACACAUCACCAUAAUGUAACUGAAUUGCGGUGUGCCCUUUUACAAACAUCUCUUCCCUUUCAUACAAAGGCUGUGCUACACGAAACUUUGUUAUUAUUACUUUCUAAAAAGCGUAUUUAAUUUUCCGCGUGUGUCGUACCGAGCUCGCGCCAACAAACGUGUGUGUGUGUAUAAAUAAAUAUUAAUUUAAUAGCUUCCUUUUUUUUCUCUCCAAACCAAAAGUUACAGAUAUGACUAUUUCUUAUGCUGGUGAAGUUCCAAAUGGAAGCAGUUUCGGUUGUUUUUGGAGGAUCCUUUGCAAAUGGCGGGGCAGCGUUUACAAGCUGGUGUGGCGCGAGCUGCUCGCUUACCUCACGCUUUACUACACCAUCAAUCUAGUAUAUCGGUUCGCACUCACAGAGCCGCAACAGAGGAUAUUUGAGAGGGUGCGACAGUACUUCGGCGCUCAGAGCGAGUCGAUACCUAUGUCGUUCGUACUCGGCUUCUACGUGAGCCUGGUGGUGAAGCGCUGGUGGGAGCAGUACAAGCUGCUGCCCUGGCCGGACACGCUGGCGCUCUUCAUCAGCGCGGGCAUCCCGGGCGCGGACGAAACAGGGCGGCUUAUGCGGCGCAACAUAGUCCGCUACGCCAUCUUGGCCUACGUGAUCACCUUGCAAAGAGUUUCUCUCAGGGUCAAGCGACGCUUCCCCUCGUGGCAGCACGUCGUCGAUUCUGGACUAAUGCUGGAAUCGGAGAGAAAAGUAUUCGAGAAAAUGGAUGGAAAGAGCCCUAUGUCGAAAUACUGGAUGCCCCUCGUCUGGGCAACGAACAUCAUCAACAGGGCGAGGAAGGAGGGCCUGAUCACCAGUGACCAUAUAGUCCAGACCCUGCUGGUAGAGUUAUCAGACAUCAGGCGCAGACUAGGAGGACUGAUCGGGUACGACACUGUGUGCGUACCACUCGUCUACACACAGGUGGUAACUUUAUCCCUCUACACAUACUUCGUGGCGGCACUGAUGGGCCGACAGCUGGUACCACCGGCUGAUGGCAGCACCUCCAAAUACGAGCCCGAUGUUUACUUUCCCCUGUUCACUGCUCUACAGUUCUGCUUCUACGUCGGAUGGUUGAAGGUCGCCGAGGUGCUCAUCAAUCCGUUCGGGGAAGACGAUGACGACAUUGAGCUCAACUGGUUGAUCGACAGGCACAUAAAGGCGGCUUACAUGAUAGUGGACGAAAUGCACGAAGAGCACCCUGAACUCCUCAAAGACCAGUACUGGGAGGAGGUCGUGCCAAAGGACCUGCCGUACACCGUCGCCUCGGAGCACUACCGACGCCACGAACCGUCAUGCUCCGCUGACCAUUACAAGGUCAAGACCGAAGACGCUGUGUACGCGAAUGUACAGUCUACGAGGAAAAGCCAUGACGAAACUUACGCCGACUAUGAAAGUGUAGAUACACCAUUGGUAGAACGUCGAAAAAACUGGUUUCAGAGACAGAUAUCAAGAAUGGGCUCGGUGAGAUCAGCGUCCACAGCUUACUCAUCAGGAGGGUUUUUCGGUCGGAACCGGCAUAACUCCGUGGUGUACUCGAGUCCGGAGGCGGGGCAGCCAAUUUCACCACCGAACCCUCACCACAAGAUGUCGCUUUACGAGAGGCUCGUUGGACGAAAGUCCGGAAGAGGGCAACUUAGGCAGAAUUCCAAACAUGGCCAGAAAAGCAACGGCUCAGUAAUACCGACAACACUACGCAACCGCCCUCGCAUACCCACCCCGGAGUCCAAGGAGGUUAUGGACCGGGAAAACCGCUUAGCCAUGGGCAUGCAAAACAUGGGGGUGAUCAUGGCGCACCAGGGCUACCAGAACGAGGUUCCUGUACUCGGCGCGCUGGUGUUAUCUCCCAUCCAGGAGUUGGAUAGCGGCUCCGUGAACAACACACUUCACGCCGGCCAGCCGGGGACCACGGCGUUGGCUCAAGCGGUACUUUCGCCAGGCUUAGGACAAGUCGUCUCGCCCGUCACGCUGUCGCCGAUAGGGGUGUCGCAAAUCACCCUGGUUAGAAGUUCCGCGCCUUCGACUCCUCGGCCCGAGCACGCAUCGGCGUCGUCGCGAGCGACAGUCACCGAGAUACAAUCUGACCGUGAAAGCGAGCACAGUGGCACGGGUACGCCGUCAGAAUUCACCAGAAACCCCAAUGGCUCCAAACGGGGAGAGGUCUACGUAUGAGACUGGGAUACUGACCUUUAUUAUUACAAUUUUACAGGCUGUUGUCACUUUGUUUUUGUUUGUAAAUGAUUGACGCCAUUUUUGCGUUGUACGAGUUGACACACUGACCCUGACCUAAACUAUAACUACUUAACAGGCGGCUGUGACUUUAUCUUUGUCUCGAAUUGAUGGACGCCAUUUUUGCGUUAUAACGAGUGACGCUGCAUGUACACGUAAAAUCUGACACUGUUCUUUAUUAUAACUAUUUAAAAGGCGGCUGUCACUUUGUUUUUGUCUCCAAUCGAUUGACGCCAUUAUUGCGUUGUACGAGUGACCGAGCUUCUGAGUGUCCAACGAAACUAGAGGUAUAUGAAUAUAUGGAAUAACCAUAUUCAGUGGCGUGCACUUCAUACAUGCACAAAAGCACUGCUUACCCUAAAAUUUAAAUAUAGCUCGUCUAGGAGGAAGAUUUUUGCCAAUUUAUGCAAUGUUUCUGCUGUAUGCAUACCCUGGUAGAAAACCCAGUGCACGCCACUGACCAUAUUACUAUGAGUUGACCGACAAAUAAAUUAGUGCCAUCUCUUGGAAUGAUCAUGAACUAUAACGUACCUCGAAAGAACUACUUCGAAUUUAUAUCACUUUAGUCACUUUACGUAAUCGUUAAAGAAGCGACCAAUAAUAGAAACUUCAUGUUCUUUUAACGUAUAGCACGAAUGAGUCGCUGCCAUAUUGUUUGCUCAAUAGCCCAAAUGCAGUUAUAUAUUAAGUAUAAGUAUUAUUUGUUCCAGAAUAGUAUAAAAUAGUUUUUUAUAUUGGAUAGAAGCAGACGUUACUUUGCGGAAAUCCAUGA